AGAUCGAUCGGUUCUCUCAUAUCUCUUUCUCUUUCACACACAGACAUAUAGAAACAUACAGGGGCUGAUCAAAUGAGGAAGCCAAUAGGAGGAGAGAACCACAAGAUCAAUUCGAUAUCCAAUGGAAAUGGUACCAUGAUUGCUGCGAAGAUGAGGAAAGGGUUAUGGUCACCUGAAGAAGACGAGAAACUUAUGAACUACAUGAUCACCAAUGGCCAAGGAUGCUGGAGUGACAUCGCACGUAAUGCCGGUUUACAGAGAUGCGGCAAAAGCUGCCGUCUCCGGUGGAUUAAUUACCUGAGGCCGGACCUUAAACGAGGCGCCUUUUCUCCUCAAGAAGAAGAACUCAUCAUGCAUCUUCAUUCCCUUCUUGGCAACAGGUGGUCCCAAAUUGCAGCACGACUGCCUGGUCGUACAGAUAAUGAAAUCAAGAAUUUUUGGAAUUCCACGAUAAAAAAGAGACUGAAAAACUCAUCAUCAAACUCGUCGUCACCCAACACGAGUCAUGAUUCAUCAUCUUCCGAGCAUAGGGACAUCAUGGGCGGAUUGAUGUCCAUGCAUGAUUCUAGCAGCAUCAUGGCUAUGUACAUGGACGCAACACGACGAUCAUCAUCAUCAUCAUCCAUUCAAGCCAUGACCAUGAACCACAUGAUGGAACAAUUUCCGUUAAACGAUGAUCAUCAUGACCAAAACAUGCCCAUGCAUGCAUCAUGCUAUGGCACAACACAACAUUGCAUGACUGGCAUGGAUGAUAAUGGAAUUAGUUACCAUGGAUGUUAUGAGAUCUUUGGAGGGAAUUUAGGGUUAGAAGAUGAGAUUUUCAAUAUCCCACCAUUAGAUAACAUAGCUAACAAUAACCAAGAUAUGAAAAGCGAACUCGAUGAUAGAAACACCAUGAUCAUGACUAACAACAUCAUCAUGAACCAAUGUUACAACAAUAACAAGCACAAGGUACAAGCCAUAGCAGCAGGGUUUGAAAACUGCUGGGAAGGAGGAGAUGACCUAAAAGCUGAAGAAUGGGACCUUGAAGAACUCAUGAGAGAAGCUUCCUCAUUCCCUUCACUUGAUUAAAUCUUACUAAAAAUGUAGAUUUUAUUAAUUUUUCCCUCAAAUUUCUUUUGCCAUUUUUGGAAAGUGGCACCUCUUUUAAUUUCCAUAUUUUGUAGUAGUGAAAUGUCGAAGGUUGUAGAAUAAAAUGGCAUUGAAACAUAGAUGUAAUGGGGGCUAUUGUGCAAAUCUUGUUGUAUAGAUAUAUCAAGUGUACAUGUACCAC